GGCAGUAGUGCAAAGUUAGCGAUGCAAUCUUUCUUUAAAGCACAAAGAAGAAUAAGUAGGCUAACCAGUAGCCAGCGCCGCGACACAAGUCGCCGUUGUAAUCAUAGACAGUCAAAGAAAGGAAGGUUGUAAUCAUAGAUGUUAAGAGAACAAUAAGUUGUAAUAUGUAAGUAGCAGGUAGGACUGCAGUGGGAAGGGGUUGUCCUGCCAUACUGUUGCCAAAGCAUUUGGAUAAGGUUAGUGCUUGACUAUGCGGCGAGGGGAGCACGUUUCACAGGCUUUCCAGGCCCCGGUGGAUGUCCAUGCCAGUGCAGAUGGCCAGGUUUACAUGUUUAACAGGAGGCCCAAUGAGUCUACUGUAUCCUCAGAUGAUGAGGAGCUUAAUGCCAUGGAGAUGAGGCCACGAGUUUUUCAAGAGCAAGAACAGGACAGUCUGAGGAACCUUCAGCUGCUGGAGCGGGAGGUGUUCGAAGGUGACAACCUCAACAAGCUUGCACUACAAUAUGGCUGUAAGGUGGCAGAUAUAAAGCGGGUAAACAACCUUAUGCAGGGACAAGAUUUAUUUGCACUGAAAUCUAUCAAAAUACCUGUUCAGAAACACAGCUUUUUAACGGAGAUGUACACAGACCUAAGUGACCCUCAAGGAGAAAUACCACAUUCAUCCAACACACCAGUGAAGCCUCAGGAACGAGCCAGAGCCCAACCACAUCUGCAGGAGGUCACAGACUUUCUAGUGGAUGUGGACCACAACAUUGAAAAACUGAUUCAGAUCACAAAUGAUCAAGAUGACGCUUUCUUGUUAAAUCCAGAAAAACAGCAAAGGUUUGGUUCCAGAGGACAGCGCCUGACCAGUCAUGGUGCAGACUGGGGCAUCCAGUGGUGGAACGCUGUAGUGGCCAUGCUCCUGAUAGGCAUCGUCCUGCCCUUAUUUUAUGUAAUUUAUUUCAAAACAAAAGAUAAUGGAGUAGUUACACCAACAGAUGGUAGUGGUGCUUUACAGUCAGUCACCAUCUCCUCAAACUCCUCAGGGACAGGCCUUAGUACAAGAGGACCAGGAUAGUCCAGACUCAGAAAACCAGAAUCAUUUUUUAGGGCAAGAUGGUCUCAUAAGUAGUUGAUAAUCAAGAUAAAGCAAUGCAAUACCAUCAUGUUUCAGUAAAUAUCACCUUUUAUGUUCUCUUGACACUAUAAUUAGGUUGUGUUUUACUAAAUAUGAGGAAUUAUCAAAUGUUUGUGUCUUAAACCUCCUCACAUGACACAAGCUGAAUAAUUGCAAAUGAAAAAGGAUUUGUCUUGGGUGAGGGGGGGGAGAGAACAUCCGCUCU